GUGUGUGUGUGUGUGAGCAGGAUGGAGGGUGCGUCAGAGAGCUCGUGAGCCAUGGCCACGUCCACGUUGUCCCAGCUGCAGUUUGGGCGGCUGCAUGGUCUUCGGGCCAAAGUGCUGCGACGCUACGAGCACCAGCCUUUGGUGUCGUGUCUGGCUGGUUUGUACGGCUGCCAGUGGAGACGCUACGAGAGGAGCGGCACUCGGCCCGGAGACUGGUGCUGCAACAAGUUGGAAGGCGCCAGCUUCGCUCUGCUUGUGGCGUCUUUCUGCUUAACGCUCUUGUUUCUCUACUUCUGGGGACAAGCGAAGAACGACUACAAUGACUUUGACUGGUUUAACUUUGGGAACUUGGGCUUCUGGUUUCCGUGGUCUGUGGUGCUGCUGGCCAUCGCUGCAGGUUUCUUCACCUACAUCACUGUGCUCAUGCUCCUGGCUGUGUGUUUACUUUCCGAAGGCCAAAAACUCUAUUUACACUGGAGUCACAAGAUCGGGAUCCUGGUGAGCCUGACUUUCUCCAUCGUAGCCACGGCCGUCUUAUCUGACCUGUGGAGUAAAGAAUGGACGACGUUACUUCUUUCCUUCCAGGUGACAGCGCUGUACUUACACGUCGGUGGAGUCUUACUGAUGACGGCGCUGGCCUGGCCAAUAGCUUUGCACUUCUUUCGCAUGAACAGCAGAGUAAGGCGGGGCCUGAUCAUGGGGGUUUACCUCACCAUCCUAUUUGCCCUUUACUUGGUGCCCCUCGGUUUGUAUUCUCCUUGUAUCAAAGAGAAGGGGACCCUGGGUCCCGCACCAGCCCUCAUCGGCCACAGAGGAGCUCCCAUGCUCGCUCCAGAAAACACGCUGAUGUCGUUCGAGAAGGCUGUGAAAGCUGGAAGUGGAGGUCUGGAGACGGACGUCACUAUUAGCUUUGACGGAGUGCCCUUCCUGAUGCAUGACCGCACCCUGCGGAGGACCACCAACAUUCAGGAGGUUUUUCCCAACCGGAGUGACACCUUGGCUGCCAUGUUCACCUGGGCUGAGCUGGAGAGCCUGAACGCCGGAGCCUGGUUCCUCUCUCACAAUCCGUUUGGUACGACCGGCUCUCUGGGAGCGGAGGACCGACUGCGGGCAGGAAACCAAUCCGUCUGCAGCCUGCAGGCCUUCCUCCAGUUGGCAGCAAAGACAGACAAACUGGUGAUCUUUGACCUGUACCGACCGCCCAGAGGCCACCCUUACCGGGACACCUGGAUCCAACGCACGCUGGAAGUCAUCCAGAACGAGACGUCCAUUCACUCCUCACAGGUGCUGUGGCUGCCCUCAGAUCUGCGGGCUCUGGUCCAGGAGCUUGAUCCAGAGCUGCAGCAGACUUCAGGCAGUCAGCUCCCUCUAGAGGAGCUCCAGAGCAACCACAUCGUCAAACUCAACCUGCACUACAGCUCCAUGUCCACAGAGCUCGUCAGUGAGUACGCUGCAGUGAACAUCACCACCAACCUGUAUGUGAUCAGCCAGCCGUGGCUCUACUCUCUGGCCUGGUGCACCGGCGUCCACUCGGUGACCACCAACGCUCCUCAGCUCCUCAGCACCAUGAGCGUUCCCCUCUUCCUCAUGAGUCCGGAUGAAUAUAACCUGAUGUGGAUUCUCAUUGAUCUGGUGUCCCUCGUGCUGAUUUUCAUCAUCUUCGUCUUUCACUGGUGGCGAGAGCGAGGACUGGCUUUCUGCUCGAGUGGCAAAAUCACGCUGGACAACAACGGCACUUACAGCAAAUUCAAAACAGAGAUGAGUGAUAUAUGGUCAGUCUCCAGCUGUAACUCCCAAGCAGAGAGGAUGCCCAGCAUAGCAACCGUCACCGAGCACUAACCUCCGCCUCUGAGCCCGAAACUGCCAAACCUGUAAGAUCUCAGUAAUAAAAGAAAUAUAUAUAUAUACAUAUAUAUACACACUGUACAGU